AUCAUGUUAAAAGCAUUCAGAUAUCGAUAGUUGGUAACUUUCCCGAGACACAAUAUCGAUAUAGGGCGGUCGAUAUUCAAAAUGGACUAUGGAGAUCAUAAUAUACUCAGUGGUAGAGAUGUAGUAUGUCAAAUUAUGUGAUAAGCGUGUGCAGUGCAAUGAUAAUUCAUAUAUUUUUCAUUGAAAGAGACGUUUACGUUUACUCAUUUUGUUAAGAUAUAUUGAAAGUAAGAGGAUGCAUUGAAUAAUAGUAUAUUUUAUCAUGUGGAUAUGUGCUCUUGGAAAACAAGACUUCAGUAUCAGAAACGAUGGAUCAUGACAUAUGGAAUCAGCAUGAAGUAUCUCAUCAUUUUUUGUGUCUUUCAUCUCGGAACCCCAAGCUGAAAUUACAGCCUUUGAAGAAAGUGCAAGGAAACUCCACACCUGUAUCGAAAUUAUGUAUAACAAUGGCAAAUUCCACAUUAGCUACCCCAGUGAAGGGUGCUCAGCAGACUAAAGAACCACUGCUUGUGGAAACUCCUGUGAAACCAUUACAAAAUCCCACUGCAAUAACUCCAUCUAUAUCACACAUUGGCAGUCCAGUUACAACACCACUUUUUACUCCUGAAUGUACAUCUCUUAACGAUACUAGAGCAAAAAUCUCUCUCUCUCCUCUUGAAACUCCAAAAAUAACUAAAAUUCAUUCUCCUGUUGGGACACCUCUGUGUGUUGCACUAGAAAAACCAUUUAAAACAAAAAAUGUUAGUUCUACUCCAAGGAGAAGUUCUCGAAAAUCAAUUAAAGCAGUAAAAUCCCAUGUCUCAGAAAUUAGUUCAAAGACAGAGAAUGAGUUAAACUAUUUGGAAGAUAGUUCAACAGAGUUAAAGCUUUCUGAUAAAAAUUGUAAAUUGCAUGAAGUUGUGAUUGAUCCUGUAAAUAAGAUUUGUAAUGAAGACAAAAUUAUUGAUAAUAUGAAAUUUAGUGAAAGUCUGUUUGCAAGAUCUGCAGGUAGUGCUAUUGUGCCUAAUCCUCUUGACUGGUUACCUGAUUCUCUCCACCACGCUGUGGUGCACCGUGAUGGUAUCACAAGUGAACCGAGACUUGCCAGAAAAAGUGACAUUGUGGGUGGAGCAACUCGUAGGUUGUCCUUUUCUAACAAGAAGUCCAAGAAGCAGAAAAUAGUAAUUCCAGAGUAUGAUCCAGAUGAUGACAUAUUUGCUCAAGGAUUAAUGCCAGUUCAAUUUAAUAACAUUGAUUCUCUCAAGAAUCAAAUUGGUCAGUUAUUAAAUUGCGCUGAUAUUCCAUCACCCCAAUUAAGAAAGAGUUAUAGUUGUGGCAUGUUAAAUAAUGUACAUGAAACUCAAGCAGUUACUCCAGUAUCUUCCAAGAGGAAGCAAUUGAAGCGAACCCCUUCAUCUGCUCCCAAAGCAGCAAUUAAACGAACUCUGUCUGCUCCUGAAUUACAAAAACCGGUCAGCCCAAUUAAAUCAGUAUUACCACCUCCUCCGCCACCAUUGCCACCAUCUUCAACUAAUACAAAUGCCUCAAAGGCACCGUCCUCAAGUUCAAAAGUAUCAUCUGAAGGUAAAAUACGUGCACUUCUUCGAGCUCGAGACAUAAUUAAAAACAUACGACAGCGUGCUAAAAACUUUCCCAUCAUGACGUCUGAAGUAGAAAAGCAGCCUUUGGAUACAGAAUCUGAUAAAAAGAAAAGUGAAGAAAUCACAUCUCCUUUAGCUUUUGAAAAUCGGGAAUCUUCCAGCCCAAGUGGUUCGUUGAAGGAAGCAACUGAUACUUACGAACUUUUACCUCCAACUCAACCUUUUGAAUCUUUCAUUUUAGGUGAUGUGACUGCAUAUGUUGAAGUAAUAUCAAAGAAUGAAGACAUUUCUGCCGGUGUGAGAAAGGAACUCAUGAAAUUAGGUGCAACUGUCGUUCCUGCAUUCAACAGAGAUGUGCCGGUUACACAUGUUGUGUUCAAUGAUGGCAAUAUUUCUACAUAUAAGAAGGCUAAGAAACGUAACAUCCCACUUGUUUCUGUGUUGUGGAUUGAAGCAUGCCGUAAAGCUGGUGUAAAAGUUCAUGAAAGCCUUUUUCCACCUCAUCAAAUUGAACGGUAUGAAUCACCUGCGAUACAGAAGGAGUUGAAAAAAAGAAAGAUUAUGCGGUUUUAUUCAGAUGAGACACAAAGACCAUCUCCUCGGCAGAGAAAGGGAGUGGUACAGAAAGAAACACCAAUUCAGCCAUCAGCAGAAACGUGUAUCGAAAAUAGUGCUGUGCGGAAGAGUGCUUGUGCACCUAAGUGGGUGGAAGAAAUUGCUGGAGGUAAUGGUAGGGUGAGAAUGUUAGUUAAGAUGACUGGUAUAAGCAAAAAGGAAUUCAAGGAGUUGGUAAAUAGGCCACCCACACCCGAUUCAGAUAUUGAUCUGGAUCAAAACAGCCCUCUCCCAGUCCGAUUGUUGCGCAAGUUGGCUAAAAACUUACCUGUUCGUAACAACUUAGACUCUGAUGAAACAUCUACAAAUAUUGAAAUGAGUGAUAUCAAAGCUAGUUCCAGUAAAAGAGCUUCAUGCGAGAAUUCUUUUACCAAGAAAUUGACUGAAAUUGGGGAAAUGGAAGAUCGUAUGGAAAUCAGUAAUAAGCAGAAAGAAGAAGUUGCUAGAAAUCCCUCAGUGUCAGCAGUGAACAUGAUAUCUCAGACAGAAAAAACUAACGUGCUGGAUGUUACCCUGAGAAGAAAGGUGUCAAAACGGAAAUUAUUGAGCCCUGUGCAGGAGUCUUUAAUUGUAGACAAUGUUGGUGAUGUUAAUGAUAAUGCUAACACUGUGGUUGAAAAUCCACAUAGUUGUACUCCCAAAAAGUUGAAUGGUGAAAAGAUAGAGAAGAAAAUAAAAACAGACAAUGCUGAAAUUGAGUGGUUGGAUAGACCUGAAAUCAAUAAAAUUGAUGAAGAUGAGGCAGUUGGGUCUAGGGAGAAAGAAUGUGUCACAAAUGCAGUUGAUCCUGUUCGGAGGUCACGAAGAAGUUCUUCUUAUUUUGUUAAAACAAAAAGGUGCUCUCCAUCUCCUAUUCUUCAGAGGCCUGCAAUAGUUUGCACUCAGUUGCACACUCCAGAUAUCGACUUAGUUGCUUCUGUUGUUGAAAAACUGGGUAUGUUUGUGGUUGAGAAAAAUGUGACUUCAUAUACAACACACGUUGUAGCUGGUGCUUCAAAGCGAACAAUGAAACUCUUGAAAGGAAUGGUUCGAGGAUGCUGGAUUGUUUCCCAUGAAUGGGUAUUAAGAUCUUUGGAAGCAGGAAAAUGGCUUGAUGAAGAAGAAUUUGAAUUGACAACGUUUUCAUCUUCUGUUCAGAAAUAUCGUUUGGAAAAAUUAUCUUUUGGAGGUAUAUUUAAACCUGAUAUAUUCAGCAGUUGUGGUCCAAUUUUUGUCAGUUCACAGGCUACUGUUCCCAGAGGGGAUCUUGUAGAGCUCAUUUUGUUGUGUGGAGGUGAAACUGUAUCCAGAAUAAACAAAGCUAAGAUAGCAGUUGGAAAAAAAUAUAAUGAUAUAAUAUGUGUAACAGCAUUGUGGAUAUUGGAUUCUGUGCAGUAUUAUUGUUGUAAACCUUUUGAUAAUUAUCACUGUACAUGAAAUUUGCAUUUGUGAUAGUUGUAAAUAUUAUAUAUCAAUUUAGUUAUUUUAUAAAAUAGCAGAUUAAUUUAACAGAUGUAUGUAUGUAGAGAAACUUAAAAUAUGUGAUUCAUUAAAUGAAUUUAGAACUCUCAUCAAAUUAUGUUUUGAAAACAUCUAAAUUAAUAAUUGAAUGGAUUUUAUGUAUGUUUAUUACAAAUGUUAAAUUCUGCAUCUCCUUUAAUGAAGUUCACUGGUAUUGUUUUUGAAAGUACCUAAAUUGGUCAAUGUGAGAUAUAUUUUUUGUUCUACAAGAAAUUACCAACAUACAUUUAUUGAGGUUUUGUUAAGAAUUGCUGACAUUAUGUUUUGAGUGUUAAUUCUAUUUUGAAUUGCUACUUUCUGUUGCUUAAUUUACAUGACAGCUGAAUCAAGUGUUCAGUGGACCCAAGGCACUGAAAAGAAUCUUUUCUUUGGUUUCUGAGGAAAUAUGAAAUCAAAUAAGAACUUGAUGUUUGGCACUCGAACUUUAUUAUAUUAUAAUAUAUUUUAUUAGCUUAAAUGUACUUGUUAUGUAUGUUGGGAUCACAAAGUUUGUAUUUGUUUCCCAGAUAUUUUCAAGAUGAUUGUUAUAUUGUAAAAGUCAUAUAGCAUUGAUAAGAAUAUAUCUUUGCAUCCAUGAACAAAAAAUGCAGAGCCUUUGAUUUCUUGUAUGAGUUUAUUGUAUAUCAAUUUAAUUAUUUUACUGAAUAAGCAGAUUAAUGAAAUUAUUCUGCUUAUUUUGUAAAAUAAAUAAAUUGAUGUACAAUUCACACAGGAUGUUUUGUAUAGCUCAUAUCACCUCAUGCAUAUUUGGCAGGAAUACCUACUUAGCCUCCACCCAGCCUAGGAGGAAAAGUAGAUAGAUAUUUACUGUUCUUGUUAUUUACAUCUACCUUGAUUAGUUAUGAAGAAGAAUCAGACAUCUUGCCAUAACUACUUAUUUGGGUUAUUUGGAUAUACAUUUCUUUUGUGUGAUGAUUUUGUUCACAAAAGAAGUAUGGAAUUCUGCCUCAAAUAAAGGCAGCAUAUUUAUUUUUAACACUUUUUAUUAUUUUUACAAUUUUCUUUGGUACAUCACUGAACUGCACAAAGGAAAAAAUUCCUCAAUACAGCCAGCUUAUUUUUAAAAGUAAAACUCCUAUUUCCCUUAAUUUUUAAUUUAUUUUUAUUGAUGCUACAUUUCACUGAACAUCAGAUAAUUAUCCCAAUGCAUUUAGUACACUUCUUUCCAACUCUGUAGUUCAAAGAAGU